ACCCGUUGGCAGCGGAGCGCACACGUGGGUGCCAUCUCUCCUGGCUGGCCAACGGGAGCGUGAGCCCGGGAAGCCAGAACUCUCCCCCAUUCACCUCCCGACCGCUAGACACGCAGCUCCACCCUGGGCCUCUUCCCGCCAUGAAGCUCCUCUUGUUGACUUUGGCUGCUCUGCUGCUCUUGUCCCAGAUCACGCCAGGUGGCACCCAAAAAUGCUGGAAUCUUCAUGGCAAAUGCCGCCAGAGAUGCUUCAAGAGGGAGAGGGUCUAUGUUUACUGCACGAAUAAUAAAUUGUGCUGUGUGAAGCCCAAGUACCAGCCAAAAGAAAAUCCAUGGACUUUUUAAGUCCUUGGAGCCUCAAGCCAUGAAAAUGCCACCGGCGCUACCCUGAGGUUGACCCCAGUAGAUUCCUGAGCUGUAUCAAUAAACGGCCGCUGAGCCAACCCUGUGUUUGCCUCUCAGUCUCCCCCAGUGGCUCUCAGGAGGUCCGUUCCGGUGGCCCCUAAAGUCAAGCUAUUUCCCCCUUGCUUCUGCUUCCUCAAAUUUGACUCCACCCCUCCUCCCACCAGCCACCCUGUCCAUUCUCUCUUCAACCUUGACUUUUUUUUUUUCUACAUGGGGAGGAAACCUCCCCCCAACCCACCCCCACUCCCAACCAGAGGCUUCAACCUUGACUUUUAAUAAGGCAUCUUUUCAGCUUCAGCUCCAAUUAAAAACAGCUUUAU